ACCUCGACUCGCACCAUCCUUUCACAAAACAUCACCCCGACAGGCAAACAUGGACUACCAGAAUCGCGCCGGCUCGAAAUUCGGUGGCGGAGGUGUUGCCUCUCAAUCUGCAACGAACGCGGACCGCCGCGAGCGGCUCCGCAAGCUCGCGCUCGAGACGAUCGACCUCGACAAGGACCCAUACUUCUUCAAAAACCACGUCGGAAGCUUCGAGUGCCGCCUCUGCUUGACAGUCCACCAGAACGAUGGGUCCUACCUCGCCCACACCCAGGGCCGCAAGCACCAGACAAACCUCGCUCGCCGCGCAGCACGAGAGCUGAAAGAAGGCAGAGAUCGCGAUGGUGUUAUCCCCGGGCUCCCGAACGUGCAGGUGCGCCGCAAUAUGAUCAAGAUCGGACGGCCGGGCUACAAAAUCACGAAGAUCCGCGACCAGGUUACGCGCCAGAAUGGACUGCUGUUCCAAAUGCAGUUUCCAGAGCUUGGCCAAGGAAAUGCGCCUCGUGUGAGAUUCAUGAGCGCGUUCGAGCAGAAAGUGGAGGAACCAGACAAGAAUUGGCAGUUCCUCCUGAUAGCUGCGGAACCGUACGAGACGAUUUCAUUCAAGUUGCAGGCGAGGGAAGUGGAUAGGAAGGAUGGUCGGUUCUGGACCUGGUUCGAUGAGGAUAGCAAAGAGUUCUGGGUACAGGUGCUUUUCAAGACCGAGCGUGAUGAGCGGUACUCAAACGUCCCGGGUCUUGCUCCGUCGGGUCCAAGGAGGUGAAUUUCGGCGUACAUGGCAUAUUGGGGCUCGAAUCACAACGAGGUAUGGUACGGAAAUCAUAUCUAGCGUAUGGGUUAUAGGUCUGGGCGUCAGGUAAUGUUCAAAUUUGCGGAUAUACUGUGACCUGAUACUGAUGGACCGAAGGGCUGGCCGACUCUCACAAAGGCUCAGCUUAUCCGCAAGUUAGCAUACACCUAAGUGGAAGGCUAAGUUCAAUAAAAUUGGAGAACAAUGGGAAAAACCACACGAAUCUCUUCGAGACGUGAUGGUAUCUUUUCGUACG